AAACAUAUCGAAUAUUAGAUCGUAGUAAUGUACGCGUGUUUUCCAAAUUUUAGUAAAUAACAUGUGAAAUUAUCUACAUUCAUAUUUACAAUGAAGAACGAACUUUAUCCUGAAGAUGUUGCGGAUGGAACGAAAUUAGAAAAUAAUGAUAACUAUGGCUCAAUAUCCACCGCUUCAACUUCCACUGGCAUCGGAAGCAUAAGCACCGACGAAUUGAGCGAUAACGAUUCACAUAAGAAAGAAAACGCCAGAGACAUAUCAGAAUCGCAAACACUCAACGCCAGCGAUGAGUCAAAGAGCAUUCAUGAUUUGCAAAGAAAUAGUAAUCCUUUUGGAACAAGCAGUAAUAGAGCAGAAAUGGAGAAAAAUAAUUUACGGCCGGGAGAAUGUGUUAUGCGUACAUUGUUCCAAGAUUUCACUCAACAAGCUGCCAAAAAGAUGGCAGAAGUUAUCGCUGAACCUAUUGAGAAACCAUUAUCAAAAAUCUUACAACGUGGAGAAGACUCGCAAUUUGACCAACUCAUUGUGGCUUUUGGCACCGUAGCUGAGCAUUGUUUACCUUCGCUUCUAAAAAUAUUAUUCGCUUGGUACGAACGGCAAUUGAAUUCCACCGAUGUUGAUGUAAAUGUAACGGAAUUAAAGAAAACUGAACAGAAAGGCAAAAGUGGAGAAAGUGCCGACACCAAAGAUAUUGAAGCCUUACAAGAACGUCGUGAUCUUGCUAUUGAAUUCAUGUUUUGCUUGGUAUUGAUCGAAGUAUUACACCAGUUACCUUUCCAUCCUGGCCACGAAGAUCUUAUAAGCUACAUCGAAAAUGUUUCCUUUAAGCAUUUCAAAUAUCGCGAAGGGGUACAAACGGGUCCGAAUGCGAGUAAUAUUCAUACUUUGGCUGAUUUAUACGCUGAAGUUAUUAGUAUUCUAGCACAAUCACGUUUCCAAUCUGUAAGAAAACGAUUUACAGCGGAGUUGAAGGAGCUCAGGUCAAAAGAACCUAGUCCGCAGACUACACAGAGUAUAAUUUCCUUACUGAUGGGAAUGAAGUUUUUUCGUGUUAAAAUGGUUCCUAUUGAAGAAUUUGAAGCUUCCUUUUUAUUCAUGCAAGACUGUGCUCAGUACUUUUUAGAAGUCAAGGAUAAAGAUAUAAAACACGCUUUGGCCGGUUUAUUUGUGGAAAUCUUAGUACCUGUGGCUGCUUCGGUUAAGAAUGAAGUUAAUGUGCCUUGUUUGAAGAAUUUCGUCGAAUCGUUGUAUUCUCAAACUUUAGACAUGUGUACGAAAUCCAAACAUAGACUAGCUCUCUUUCCAUUGGUCACUUGUCUGUUGUGUGUUAGUCAGAAGUCGUUUUUUCUUCAAAAUUGGUAUUACUUUUUAGCAAUGUGUUUAUCUCACCUGAAAAAUCGUGAUCCGAAAAUGUCACGAGUUGCGUUAGAAUCGUUGUAUCGUCUACUUUGGGUGUAUAUGAUCCGAAUUAAAUGUGAAAGUAAUUCAGCCACCUUAUCCAGAUUGCAAAGUAUUGUGAAUUCGUUGUUCCCUAAAGGAUCUAAAGGAGUUGUGCCUCGAGAUACGCCUUUGAAUAUUUUCGUUAAAAUAAUUCAGUUCAUCGCUCAAGAACGGCUGGAUUUCGCUAUGCGAGAAAUAGUAUUCGAUUUACUAUCUGUUGGGCGUCCAAUUAAAAUGAUCCUAACGCCUGAACGAAUGAGCAUUGGUUUACGAGCUUUUCUAGUAGUAGCUGAUAGUUUACAACAAAAAGAAGGCGAUCCACCAAUGCCUAGAACAUCCGGAGUUUUACCAUCUGGAAAUACUUUACGUAUCAAGAAAACAUUUCUGAAUAAGGUCUUGACUGACGAUACUGCACGAAGUAUUGGGAUGUCAUCGUAUUUUCCACACGUUAGAAGAGUAUUCGUUGAUAUUUUACGAGCUUUGGAUAUCCAUUAUGGACGUCCGUUGAUGAUGACCAGUACUCAAAACGUAAACAAGGAACCUGACGAAAUGUUGACUGGCGAACGAAAACCUAGAAUUGAUUUAUUUCGUACUUGUGUCGCCGCUGUUCCUCGUCUAAUUCCCGAAACAAUGACAGGUUCCGAAUUAGUCGACCUAUUGUCCAGAAUCACUGUUCAUAUGGACGAAGAAUUACGAGCUUUAGCAUAUCAAAGUCUGCAAACCUUGGUGAUUGAUUUUCCUGAUUGGAGAAACGACGUUAUUUUCGGUUUCACACAAUUUUUAGCCAAAGAUUUACUCGAUACGUUUCCUCAACUUGUCGAUAAUGGUCUGAGAAUGCUAUUGCAGUUGCUUACCAGCUGGAAAAAUGCUAUUAGUCCGAACUUUAAGGUCAAAGAUGAACAUAAUAAAACCAUCGCUCGUAAACCAGAAAAAGCUCAACAAAGUCCAUCCGAAAUCGAAUCAGCGAUUGGAGUAUUCCAUCAAGUAGAAGGAUUAGCUUUGGUGAUGUUGUGUAGCUGCAGACCUUGUCCUCGACGCUUAGCUAUUCAUAUUUUGCGCGAAAUCAAGUGCCUUUUCAAGCUCUUGGGUAAACACGAAACUACGAAAGCAGUCAUCGAUGUAAUGGAUAAAAGUAGUCCACAAAUAUUGGAAAAAUGUGUAACUUCUUUAUCAACUACAGAAAAAGCAACGUUAUUAGUUACAGCGAAUGUUGACUUGCAAUGGAUUGCUGAUCGAGCAUCAACCAUCUGGUCGGCUGGCCAACAAGAAGAGAACAGUGCUAAAGCUUCUAUCACUAGUUUAAAAAAUCCAUCGGCGUUGGAUGUUUGGACAAUAUGUAUGUUCAAUUUCUUGAAAAAAGAUAUUCUGAUAACGCAGUGUCCUUCGGCGGUUAUUCAUGCUUGGCCAAUCGUCUAUCAUAGAUUACAUACGCUCUACACAGUUAUUGAUCCAACACCUGUGAGUGAUAACCGAGCAUCAUUAUUGAGAAGUUCGGCUCCUCCGAGAAAACCUACAUCGGAACGAGAUCAAUAUAUGCUUUUGUGGAGAAGUUACGUAAUAUUUGCUAUGCGUGUUGUCCCUCCUGCUCCCAGUCCUGUCAUUCGUUGCGCAUCUCCUGAUCUCAGUUUGAGCAUACAAGGUACUUUGAAUUUGCAUAAUUUUUUGAAGCAUGCGUGGGAAGAAUUCGAGAGUGAUUCGUAUUCUUUAAAUUGCAUGGCUGUUACUGAGCCUAAAAUUUGGCGUUUCCGAAGUAGCUCUUCUCCGGAUAAUAUGACAACUGGCGAAAGAAACGAUAGUAAGCUUACAAAUGCGUCUCCGUCUGGAUUGUAUAAACUUAUCGUACCUUUACUAAGGUGUGAAGCUGUUGAUGUAAGAGAUGCCGCCGUGUUUGCUUUGUCCAGCGUUAAUCCAGAUGCAUUAAAAGAUCUUAUGGAAGAAUUGGCUAUUUAUAUACGAGACGCUAUAGAUAAAAAACAAGAAAACAUGCGCCGGAGAAGAAGGCGAGAUGCGUUGAGAUUACAUUUAGUCAAAGUUUUUGAAAUGAUCGCUUCUCAUGGUACUUUCGGUGUGAGCUCUUGUGUCUUGGAUCGAGAUACUCAUUGUUUACAUCCUACAAUAAUCGAGUACAUCGACGGAGCUCGUAUAUGCUUAGAAACAGAAGCUGAUAAAGAGAGCUUGCGAGAUAUUAAAUUACAUUUUUGCAACUUUAUAAGAAAAAUGAUUAAAAGUUUUUCAUUGGACAUGUACCCAACGUUAUUAAAACGCGACCUACGCAGCAAUUUAUUCAAUCUAUUCAGAAACUGGAGUGGUCCAUACGGUAGCUCUUUAAUGUGCAACACGUCGGUAGUAGUAACCGUCAGCACAACUACAACUAAUGUGACCAGUGAAGCGACCUCAGUUAGCGAAGAAGAAUUGCAAUUUGCAUCGUUACUUGCCAUGUCGGCGGUUUUGUGCUGUGGACCGUGUUUCGACGUGCAGCAUUUUCUAUCCGAAGAUGGUACAUUGUAUCCAUGGCUGAGUACAUUAUUAGCAUCGAAAGAUGAGAAGGUGUAUCAGUUGGCCUACGAAACGGUUAUUUUAUUGCUCGAAUGUAAUCCGGAUGUCGGAACUUUAUUAGAUUGGGUAGUCGAUCGAUGUUAUACAGCUGAACCACAAGUCGCCGAUGGGUGCUUUUUAGCAUUGGCCAUGAUUUUCAGUGCUAGAGAGUACCCCUGCGAUCAUUACACGGCCAUAAUAAAUGUCACCUUGAUGAACACCGGAUGUCCGAGAAAAAAUGUUCACGAGACAGCUUUGCAAUUGCUACAAAUUUUGGAUAAACGAUUUUUCGGUACCGUCGGAUUACCUCCUGCUGAACUUGAAAUAGGCGGAAUGAACGACAGAGAAAAAGAGAAGAAUGAAACGUUGGAUUUAUUACUAUCGACGACCUAUUGUUGUUCGCAAACUCAUUUAUCUCAACAGUUGUCUCAACUUCAUCCGGAACUAACCAUGCCGAUGUUUUCAGAAAUAACGCACAGAUUUCAAACAGCCAGGCCUGAGGUGAGACAGUUAUUACUGCAGUAUAUUCUACCGUGGCUUUAUAAUAUGGAGUUGGUGGAUCCGAAUAUUCCCCCGCCUAAUUCAAAUUCAUCGUUUUGUCAAUAUUACUCGAACGAAGUCCGGAAAUCAGGAUCACGUCGAGAAGGUUGGGGAUCCGCCGAAGCAACGGAAAUGGUUUUAAACAAUUUGUUUUACAUCACUGCCAAAUUUUCCAAUGAACAUUCGAAGGAAAUUGAAGAUCUGUGGGCUACACUCUGUUCCUGUUGGCCAAAUAAUUUGAAAGUGAUCAUGAGGUAUUUGUUGAUCAUCUGCGGUAUGGCUCCGAAUGAACUAUUGCCAAUUGCGAAACGUGUGACCGUUUACUUGGCUCGAGCCAGACCUGAUCGUUUGCUUGAUGAAAUGCUUACCGAGUUACAAACAGUAGAAACGUUGAAUUAUCUGAUCGAAAGAACAGAAACGCCUCCUUAUUAUAGAUUGACAAGUAUGCGUAAAAUAUCCGGAUAUUCGGACCCCGAUCCUCAUUUUGAUCAACAUGGUACAAACAACGAAUUAUCUGUUGAGAAGGGAACGAUUCAUACAAAAAGGCAUAGCAGCGAAGAAGCAAUUGCUUCAAAUACUUCUGGAACUAAAAAUGAAUCCAGAGGAAUGGCUGAACCUAAAUAUGGAACAUUGAGAAGUAAUAAAUCCAGAGUCUUGUCAUCUCUUAUUCUAGACGAGAAUAAACCAACAUCCGGAGAAAGCGAGGUUGCUGUUGGAAGUUCGGCAUCAGGAGACGAUGAUUAUACUAUUUGUCGAGAUGAUGCCAUGUACCAGUACGAUAUUCCAUUACCACAUCCUUUACCGAUGCCCGAAUAUGGAGGAUAUUUCGCUCCUUUAAUCGAAUACAUCCCAGAAAAUGUCCAACCAAGUAGCGGUUUUCAUAGGUGUAAUUUGGCUGUUAUUCUGCUAACCGAUGUUGUAGUCGAUUCAGUGGAUUUGGAUUGGUCUGUUCAUAUUCCUUUAAUGUUGCAUAUACUUUUCUUGGGAAUGGACCAGAGUCGUAAUUUGAUUAAUCAGCAUUGUAAACAAUUAUUGCUGAAUUUAUUGAUCGUGUUGGCCAAUCACGGUGAUCAUUUUUCGGUCGCUCAGAUAUUGCUGAAUAGAAAAGUAAUCCAUUCUAGUCUGGUUCUUCCUACACCUUUGGUAGCUGUUCCGUUUCAUAAUUUUACCGAAUCCGAUUCAACAUUUGACAGCUAUUUGCAAUCUCCCAUAGGAUCAUCUCAAUCUACGAGUUUGGCCGUACUUCCUUCGCCCACGAGCACAUGUGAUACUUUAACUUCUCCUCAAAGUGUUACCAUGAGUUUGACGCCGACAGCUGAAGAGAUAUUAACACCUGUGAAACAAAGUAAACCUAUCCAAGAUGUGGUAAAAUCGUUGAUCGAUUUCAUAGCAUCCAAAAAAGAUCAAGUUUUAUGGAACUACGAAGAUAUUACAGCUAAAGUGUGGAGUAUUCGGAGCGUCGAGCAGUUGGAUAUUUUUUUGCAACAUGUUUUGCGAAUAUUUCAAGAAUCCUUACCUCAUGCUUUGAUUAACGAGAGAUGGGCUCAGACAGCUUUACAGUUGGGCCUUUCUUGUUCUUCGAGACAUUACGCUGGUAGAUCUUUACAAGUUUUUCGUUUUCUUCGAGUUCCUAUUACAUCUAGAAUGUUAUCCGAUAUUUUAUCCAGAUUAGUUGAAACGAUCGCUGAACAAGGCGAAGACAUGCAGGGCUACGUUACCGAACUCUUACUAACACUGGAAUCAUCGGUGGAUUCUCUAGAUUCGGAUUUUCGACCUUUAGAUUUCAUGAAAGAGAUAUUUAAAUCAACUCCUAACCUGAAUAAAGACGCCGGCGUCCUAAACGGAUACGGAGCACCUGGUAAACGAAUAGGAUUAGGUGCUGGUAUGUGCGCAUUGGGACAUUUACACAAUGCUAAUACAAAUGCUCACGCGAGAAGCACCAGUUAUUCGGUUUCUCAUUAUUAUACCAGACGGACCCCCGGAUGCCCUACUAAUAAUGAGCUGAGAGACGUUCGCCGAGAAUUUGAUUCUAGACACCCGUGUAGUAAAUACGCGAGUAACUUGAGUCGUUCUAGAUCAGCGCAAAGCUUGAAAUUGUUGGAUUCGUCGUCUCAAGAUGAUAAAAUGUUGAUCCUGGCUCAACUCUUUUGGUUGGCUGUAUCAGUCCUCGAAUCUGAUUACGAACACGAGUAUUUGUUAGCUUUGAGAUUACUGAACAGGGUGUUACAUAGGUUACCAUUAGACAGACCCGAUACAGUUGACAAAGUGGAGAAAUUAUUCGGCCAGCUGCGUUGGACUUCGUUUCAAGGAGUUCAAGCGUUAUUACUCAAGGGAUGUACAAAUCCAGCAAUUUACGAAGCUGUCGUACCCCUUCUGUCUCAAUUCACUCUUUUGUUAGAUUUAUCGGUGGUAGAUCCGACUCAAAAUCUCGGAUUUCCAAUGAAUGUCGUGGCUUUAUUACCGUAUAUGUUACUUCAUUAUGAAGAUGCCAACGAACUGUGUGUUACCAGCGCUGAAAAUAUUGCUCAAAUAAGCACAGAAAAAGGUAAAAAAUUGGAAAAUCUUGGCACUGUGAUGACCUUAUACAGUAGACGCACGUUUAGCAAAGAAAGCUUCCAAUGGACGAAAUGUGUGGUGAAAUAUUUACACGAUACGUAUUCUCAUGUCAGCAUGACGAUGCUUACGUUUUUGGUAGAGUUGCUGGAAAAAGGACCCAAUGUUAUACAACUUCCGGUGCUGAAUAUCAUCCAUUGCAUGCUACAUUACGUCGAUUUAUCUCCGUCAACUUUCAAUACCGAUUUGUUGGUUACUAUCGCUAAAUUCAUCGAAGGAGUGCAUCAUAAGGAAGCAACCAAAAUAUUGAAAUUAGUGGUUACUCGAUCUUCGUCAUUGGUAGCUGCUCCAUCAUCUCAAUAUCCAUUCCUCGAGUCGCAUUAUUCGUCGACAAUGUGCCCAACAUUUGCUGACGUUGAAGUGUUCGUGAAGAAAGAAUUACCUGGCAGAACGAUGGAUUUCACAUUCGAUAUAAACCAAACACCACUAAUCGGCAAACAAGUACCAAAUAAGAACGAUGGAGAUAAAUCCGAAGACAUCUCUGUAAUGUCUAGUCAUUACACUCACGAUAACAGUGUUAAUCAAACAUCGGCCAAUCAUUCUGGAAAUUCACCUCGUCGUUCUAGUUCUCUAUCCCCUGCUGACAAUGCAGCUAUCGGUUGGAAAAGACCAUGGAUGAGUCAGGGCCGAGUGCGAGAAUGUCUGGUGAAUUUACUAACUACCUGUGGCCAGCGAGUCGGAUUACCGAAGAGUCCAUCAGAAGAUUUACUGUACUCGUUAAAUAAGGUUAUAUUCAGUCAAAGUUCGGAUCUUUUGGAGAGGCAGUCAAGUAUGGCCAGCAGUACAGAAGAAGUUUCUGCUCCAGAUCUUUCGGUAGAAUCUCGUCGUAAUGAAAAUGAUCAUUUUGGAGUAUUCAAAGAUUUCGAUUUCUUGGAGUACGAAAGUGAAAGUGUUGAGGGUGAAAGCACCGAUAACUUUAAUUGGGGUGUACGUCGACGACCUCUUAGUGGAGCUGAUUUCGAUGGUGAUCUCAACCUGGCAUCUCAAGCUGCCGAUAGUCUUAGUGAGAAAACUCCUUUGCUUACUAUUAGAACGGGAUGUGUCACCGGUGUCGAUGAUUCAUCCGAUGAAGAAUUAGGAUCAGAAUCGCCGCUAGAUGAAAUUCCACCGUUAUCAUCUCAUUUACACGAUACUCAGAGCUCAUCGUCGUCCAUUCGCUUGCACGAUCACGAACGUAGAGAUUCCGCCACCAGAUCUGAUAUUUCUGAUUCGAGUGUUGGAGAUUUGGGUGAUUUGACUCCCUGCAACACAUCUCCAAAUUUACCGGCUGUGAUGUCAUUUCGAUCGUUGCAUCGAGACGAUACAGAAGAAAUGUGGAGGUUCCAGUUAUGUCUUUUGUUCGAGCAAACUCCCAGUUCAUCUUUGAAUGUUUUCCAUUUAAUGUAUAAGUUGAUUAAAGAUGUAGUCAGUAAAAGUAUCUCGGUUACUCACAGCGUAUGCAAUUUAUUAUCAGAAUUCGAAGGCAGUACUUUGUUGCAAACACAUUUGACCACCUUAACUUGUAUAUUAGCUGCUCGAGCUCAUCCUAUUUUCGUGUGGUUCAAUACAAAUACGAUACCGUUGACAGAAACUUUGAAAUUCGGUCUCAUGCAGCUGAAAGAACACUUGGACACAUUUCUAGAUAGGAAAGAUCAAGCUAAUGAGUGUAUGGAAACUUUGAAAGCGAUCUUAAAAUUACAACAGUUACGCGACGAAAGCGUAGGAACUGAAUUAAUCAACGAAGAAUCCGUCGUUGAUAUCGGAAAAGCGCUAUAUAAAUUUCAUAUCCAAUUAUUACUAUUAUUAGAGACUGCUAAUAAGAUGUAUAAUUCUUUGAUCGCUGCAGCUAAUCAAGCUCAGUUGGAGAAUGUUUCUCAAGAAAUAAUCGUUAUUAGAAAAGCGUUAACGAAAGCUCACGAUGAAUACUCGGAUUUAAGCGAAGAUGGUACUCCAUCGCCUCAGUUACUCUUUUCUGAUCAGUCGGAUUCGACAAUGUUGCAAUUUCUGCAAGAGAACAAAUGGUCUUCUGCGUUGAAAUUUAUUAGGCACAAUAGGAUAACUUGGUUGAAUGAGUUAAUAUCGUCUAGUCCCGAUGAUGAAGAUGAUGUGAUAAAUGUUCUCACCAUAUAUUGCACUCACCUCACUGAGAAAAAACCAGAUGCGUUCGUUAUGAUCGAUGAUGAUGAUCUUGCGAGUAUUCAUAGUAGCUUAAUGGACGAGCUGAUGCAAUUAUUGGUAUCGCUUAACGAAACUGAAUCGAAAAUCAAAGAACAGAAAGAGAAGAAUUACGCAUCUCACUGAUAUUCCUUAUUUAUCAAUUUUUUUAUCUAUCAUAUUUUAUUUUUUUUGUAAUAAAUAUCCUCAUUUUCUGUGUUUUCAAA